ACCACAAUAUCAACCUACAUGGCAAUAUUAUUGUCUCAUUUCAUCAUCUGAUCGACCUAAAAGCACUCUUCCAAAUUUGAAUUUCAUAUCCUCUCAUACCUAAUACACCCUCCAUAAAAACUCUAUAAACAUCAACCUAAUCCCCAGAAGCCUCUCACAAAAUUUACAACUAGAAGAAAGAUGGAGCAUAGUCGUUUCAUUAUUGGGUUGGCCAUUACUCUCCUCCUCACAAUCGCCACCACACCUUGUCACUGCAAGUACCACUCAAAAACGGUGCCCCUACACCAACUCAAAGAGAAAGUCACGCACCUCCACUUCUACCUCUUCGACAUCCUCAGCGGCACCAAACCAAGCGCUAUGGAGGUCGCACGUCCAAAUAUCACCACUGACAAGUCGGCCACGCCCUUCGGCAGCCUCUACGCCAUCGACGACCCUCUCCGAGAGGGCCCUGAGACCAACUCGUCGAUUGUUGGAAAUGCCAAGGGGCUCUAUUUGUCGGCCAGCCAAGAUCCAGCUGACUUUACCAUCGUUAUGUACGUGGAUUUUGGUUUUACUACCGGUAAGUUUAAAGGGAGCUCCUUUAGUGUGUUCUCCAGGAAUCCAGUGGCAGAGUCGCCGGAGCGGGAGGUGGCUGUGGUUGGUGGGAGAGGGAAGUUUAGGCUGGCGAGAGGGUUUGCAAAGGUUAAGACUCAUGACUUCAAUGCUACAAAUGGUGAUGCCAUUUUGGAGUACAAGGCAACUCUCAUUCACUACUGA